AUGACCAUCCGACCAAAGAACAUAUGGAAAGCUAACAGCGGGGCGGCAUCUGCCACCUGUACCGGAUUUAGCUUGUUUGAAACUGUACUUGGUGCCGACUGCGGUGGCAAGGCUGUCUCUCUCAUCGACCUAGAUAAAACCUGCGGCGUAGACGGUAGUGGGAAACUAUCAUGUGGCGAAUUAACGGGAACAGGGAGCUCGACGACAUCAUCCGCCGCCGAAAGCUCCUCUAUGGCCCCUAUAUCCACCGAAGAGGCCACACCCGCUUCGAGUGGCUCCAAAGGAUCUUCCGUCGAUUCGCACUCGAGCACAGAGCGCACUUCCGGUCAAUCUUCUAAUCCAGGGCAAAAUUCAGCCUCCGAUGUCAUGACCACCACGGCAGCUAUGUCGGCUUCCACAGAAACUGCUGAAAGUUGCGGGGUGGUUGAAAAAAGGAUGAGGAUCAUGAACCGAUAA